AUGAAUCCUGGGGCGCACAACAUCGCGAUUGGCUUUACUCCCGCAUACCCUGAAACGCUCCUGCAACAUGGCGAGCCACUUGGCCAGUCCUCCAGCCAGGCUGCUAUGGAUCUUGUUUCGGACUUCGCGGACGGGCUGUCGUAUACUCCCUCCAAUCACUCCUCAGAUUUUGAGAAUUAUGACAUGAACAUAGACUCGCCUGCCCCUUUCAUGCCAUCCAACACCACAACUCCCUCCUACCUCGCACCGCCCAACUUUGGUGCUCACAUCAACCACGAUGAUAUGAUUAUUGAUGACGAAUACGUGUUCACAGCUCUCAGUGACAAUGACGAUGUUAAUGACGCCCCCCACAGCGCCCAAGUGCGCUUCACCAGGGACGACGGCAGUUUGAUAGAACGCUCUGAUCUCGUUGGCUUUGCGCACGAUAGACUUCCACCCACCAUGAUCCUCGGCCUGGAUAACGAUCCGAACGAUUCUUCCGAUACCGAACAGUUUUACGUCUCGGACGACGAGUUCUCGAUCGAAGACGCCGCCGAGGCCGUCGGCAAUGGUCGAUUCACAGACACUCAUGAACACUGCGGGCCCCUACUCGACGACCAACCCUCUUACCGCGACCUGGCCCCUUCAACCUACGCCUUUGGCGCCGAAUACGCACCCUCCGUCAAUGCAGUCUUCGCCCAGCCAAACGAUGAUGAAGCUGAGGAGGUGAUGAAUACCAAUCAAGGUGGGCUGUCAAUGCAUACCGAAAGUAUGAACGCCUGUUUCCUAAGCUGUUCGUUCGCCACACCCAUGAACCCAUUUGCCCAGAUACCAAAGGACGCAGUUUCCCGACCCUCUCCCAACAACCUUGUUUACCGCAUGGAAGGCAUUUCAUUGUAUUUGCGCGAGCUAGGCUCUAGUUUCGCAAAUACUUUUUCUACUAUGAUUGAAACAAGAAUAUACGAAUUUCUUGUCUCUGCCAAGAGCCACCUCGGCCCGGGUUUCGCACCUGGAGUUUUGCACAAUGAUAUUUUUGUUAACCAGCCGAUAAUAUCUUUCUUAUCGGACUUUCGACUUUUACAUGCAUUCCCGCAGGACUUAGAGCAGUAUCAUCGGUAUAUGCUAGCGCUUGUUUCCUCCGGACUUUCCAGGCAGGAAGGCCCUUCAAAUGGAGACGUUCCUUUUUUACUUACCGAGGUCUCAGAAUUGCCGUUUCGCCCCUCAGAGGAUUCUCUUCUUCCGCAGAACGGACAACCACAGAGUAGCCAUGUAUCCUCUGCUUUGGCAAGGACUCCGCGCCCUCUCUUGUCGGAGGAGGAAUAUCUUGAAAUCCAUGAAUCUUCAGGUUAUUCGCAUUUUUACAUUCAUCCUGCAUUCGUAUUGCUUACGUUUGCGGACGAAGACCACCUUGCCAGCUCAUUACUUGCAACUCCCCUUGUCACCCCAGAAGGAGAACUCUACAUGGAUGCUAAUGGAAAUCAAUAUCCAGCGUUCGAGCGGAACCUCACAGUCGACCAAUUCAUCCGCCAAUGGCUUGUGCGAUACCGUAAUUCCCGAUACACGCCACGCAUGAUAAAAGACCCCUUUAUCCCCAUAUCGGGCGAAGCUGCGAAUGUUCUAGAUUGGGCACGCCCCGCGAAAAUUUCACGACCCGCCUCGUCGUCAAAGCUGUACGAUAUCCAAGGCAUCCCGUGGUCGACGACACUCAAGGUCAAGAGGUCAGAUGCUCGUGCCCUACGGGACCGAUUGUAUACUUCGUACCACAAUCUCAAGUAUACACCGCACUACUAUUCAGCGACUUUGCCCGAAGAGGAGGAUUAUUUCAGGCCCAAAACAAUGUAUACCAAAUAUCGGGCUUCCAUGGCGCAUUUCCAGCUGCGCAACCUUAUGUCUGUCACGGCGUCGAACACCAUCCAGUAUGCAUACCAGUCGAGAAUCUACUCGAUAACUCCAUUCUAUAACGAACAGAAUUGUUUGAUCAACCUUGCAGACCCGCGAACUUCGCGAUCUUUCUUCGAAUCGGUCAAAAUAUCGACAAUGAAAGCAAAACAUGGCGUUACUUUUGUUGGUGGUUUCGCAGGCGAGUACGCUUUUCGAGGAGAUAUUACUGACUAUACCCUCGUCGACGGUCGCAUCACUAAAGAUCCCAAUGGAAUAACCAACCACAUCGAUAUCAUUGAGCACCGUACUAGCCGCAGCCCUCGAGCUGUCAUCUCAUCCAACGAUGAGCGAAUCCGGAUUCUCGACUGUGAAACCAAUAGGUUCGUCAGCAACCACAAGUUUGCGCGCGCCAUCAACUGCACCGAUACAUCGCCCGACGGUCGUCUACGCGUGGUCAUUGGUGACGCGCCGGAUGCUUGGAUCAUCGAUAGCGAGACAGGUAAACCAGUCCAGACUUUGAUCGGCCAUCGAGAUUAUGGGUUCGCCUGUGCAUGGUCACCCGAUAUGCUACACAUCGCGACCAGCAACCAGGACAAGACGGUCAACAUCUGGGAUGCACGCAUGUGGCGAAUCCUUCAAAGCAUUGACUCUGACAUCGCCGGAUAUCGCUCUCUUCGCUUUUCCCCCGUCGGAGGAGGCCCACGCACUCUACUCAUGUGCGAGCCCGCCGACCGCAUAGCCAUUGUCAACGCACAGUCAUACCAGACGCGCCAAGUCCACGAUUUCUUUGGCGAGAUUGGCGGUGCUGACUAUUCCCCUGACGGUAGCCGGAUCUGGGUUGCAAACAUGGAUGUGAAAUUUGGCGGGUUUAUGGAAUUCGACCGUCACGAAUGGGGCCAGGAGUUUGGAAUUGCACAUACGCGCAGGAGACGCAUUGAGUGUCAAGGGGAUCUUUAUUAUCCGGAGUUGCCGAAUGAAUGGCUCCCCGAUGCCGACCUUGAUGACGAUGCACGCUGCGUUUUGGGAGCCGGGGAGCGGAAGUUGCGGUUCCAGAAGCUAUUCAAUAAUCUGCAGUAUGAGAUGCUUGAUCCCCGUUUAGGAUAA